UAGUGGAAAAAAAGAGCUUCCAACCACAAACAGUAAGGUUUCGCUUUGGAACACCGACAUGUCGAAUAGGAUAUUAUGAACAUAGGACUGCAGCGGAGUUCACAUGUGUUGAUAAUUCAUGGUGGACACACGUUUGGCACCGAGCGUUUAACAUAUCUGCAACCUUUUGAGAGCCACAAUGAAAGAAACACCGUUGUCAAAUUGUGAGCGACAGUUCCUUUUGAAAGCCAUUGAAGAGAAGAAGCGCCUGGAUGGAAGACAGACCUAUGACUAUAGAACUAUAAAGAUAUCCUUCGGCACUGACUAUGGAUGUUGCUUUGUUGAUCUUGGGAAGACGAGAGUUAUGACACAAGUCUCCUGUGAGCUCGUCGUCCCGAAAGACAACCGACCAUCGGACGGGAUAAUGUUUUUCAACGUAGAGCUAUCACCUAUGGCGUCGCCUGGUUUUGAAGUUGGCAGGCAUUCCGAACUGCUGGUGAAGUUGAACAGACAACUGGAGAGAUGUCUGAGGAACUCUAAAUGCUUUGAUACAGAGUCUUUAUGUGUGGUGUCUGGUGAGAAGGUGUGGCAGAUAAGGGUUGAUGUUCAUGUCCUGAACCACGACGGCAACCUGAUGGAUGCGGCUAGCUUGGCCGCCAUCACUGCUCUUUCCCACUUCAGACGGCCUGACGUUGGUAUCCAUGGAGAGGAGGUCACUGUGUACGGUUCAGAGGAGAGAGACCUCAUCCCUCUCAGCAUCUACCACAUGCCAAUCUGCGUUAGCUUCUCUUUCUUCCAACAAGGGACCUACCUGUUGGUGGAUCCGUGUGAGAGGGAGGAGCGUGUGAUGGAUGGCCUGCUGAUGAUCGCCAUGAACAAGCACAGAGAGAUUUGUUCCAUCCAGUCCAGCGGGGGCAUCAUGCUGCUCAAAGAACAGGUGCUGAGGUGCAGCAAGAUCGCCAGUGUUAAAGUUACAGAAAUCACCGAGCUCAUUCACAAAGCCCUGGAAAACGACAAGAAAGCCAGGAAAGAAGGCAGUAGGUGUGGCUUCGCAGAGUCUAUGCCACGAGAGCGAAUCACCGUGCUGAAAAAGAAGGAGACGCCGGUGGAAACGAUGAACAUCAAAGAGAAAGCCAAAGAGAUCAUCCAGAGAGCAGAGCCCCCGUCCCAAUUGGUGUCGUCUCCUGUGCUGCCGGCCCCAGGCACAGGCCAGGUGGGCGAAGGGCUCCAGAACAGCUGGGGUCUGGAGGAAGACGAGGACGAGGAUGAAGAUCAGGGCGAUAUAGUGAUGUUGGAAAAGCGUGGGAGGACAGUGGAUGUUGUGGUCAUAUCGGAUAGCGAGGAGGAGGAAGUGGUCAUGCUUAACCAGGAAACAUCAGAGCCGGCUCCCAAAUAAGAUUAAAGGGUCUGCCAUGAAGAAAACAACAAGGUCCGGCAGUGAGACACCAGCCCAGAUUCCUCUCGAAACUUCCUCAGUCUGACAGAUUAUCUACAUUUGUAAAAUGUGCCAUAAAAUAUAUAACUCUUUAUUAAAAGCUACAUUUUCCAA